AGGAGUGUGGAAUGGGAAAAGAAGCGGAGAUACAGAAAAAAGAAGAAGAAAAACACGAGAAGAUCAUUUGUCUAGUACAGUUAUGGAAGAGAACCUUCAGAUUCAGAGAUGCUAAUUGGAGAAAACACUGAACUCAAACUUAUCGAUUUAAAAACACUAGCUAUUGCAACAAACAAUUUUAGUGAAGCUAAUAUGCUUGGGCAUGGCGGUUUUGGACCAGUGUAUAAGGGAACGUUGCGUCAAGGACUGGAGGAGCAAGAAAUAGCUGUGAAAAGGCUGUCUAAGAACUCUGAACAAGCCUUGCAGGAAUUUAAAAACGAAGUCUUGGUGAUCUCUAAACUGCAGCAUCGAAAUCUCGUCAGACUGCUCGGCUGCUGCACCUAUGGAGAAGAGAAGAUGUUGAUUUAUGAAUACAUGCCCAACAAAAGCCUGGAUGCAUUUCUCUUCGAUCCUAAAAUGCAAGGAGUGUUUGAUUGGAAAAGGCGGUUCGAAAUAAUCCUAGGGAUAGGUAAAGGGAUUCUUUACCUUCACAGGGAUUCUAGACUAAGAGUCAUCCAUAGAGAUCUCAAAGCUAGCAACAUUCUGUUGGACGAGGAAUUGAAUCCUAAGAUUUCAGACUUUGGCAUGGCACGGAUAUUCGGAGGCAAUGAACGACUGCAAGCAAAUACUCGAAAGGUUGCUGGAACAUUUGGAUACAUGUCCCCUGAGUACGUGAUAGAGGGAAGAUUUUCGGAAAAAUCCGAUGUUUUCAGCUUUGGAGUGUUGUUGCUAGAGACUGUGAGUGGAAAAAAGAACUCUAGUCUCUGCGAUCAGGAACUAUCAUUGAGGCUUUUAGGACAUGCAAGUGUUCAAUUCAUAUCUCCAGUCGUCUGUUCUGCUUCCUCCAACAUUGUGUUUUCCUUUCCUGAUCAAGUAAACGAUUUCUCGGAGAUAUUAUUUCAGGCAUGGCAGCUGUGGAACGAGAACAAUGCACUUUCGCUAGUCGACCCAACAUUGGUGUUGUCCGAACCAUCUUUUGAGGUUGAAAUAUUAGGAUGCAUUCAUGUGGGUUUGUUGUGUGUAGAGGAAUUCUUCCUGCAUACUCUCUAUGCUUACUAG